AUGUCCCUCCCGAGCUCCCGCACCCGCUGGGUGAGCGACUUCUUCUCCUACGAGACCACCAAGUCGGUGGUGGUGAAGAGCUGGGUGGUGGGCGUCGUCAACCGCGGCGUCCAGCUCCUCAUCCUCGCCUACUUCGUCGGCUGGGUGUUCCUCCAUGAGAAAGCGUACCAGGUGCGGGACACCGCCAUCGAGUCCUCCGUGGUCACCAAGGUGAAGGGCGUGGGGCGCUACGCGGGGCAGGUGAUGGACACGGCCGACUACGUCACGCCCCCCCAGGGCACUUCGGUGUUCGUGGUGGUCACCAAGCAGAUCCGGACCGAGGAGCAGGCGCAGGGCGUGUGCCCGGAGAGCGAAGCCGCGUUCCACUGCUCGGCGGACCGGGACUGCCGGGAGCUGAGCCCGGGCACGAGCAACGGGGUGCUGACAGGGCGCUGCGUCCCCUACAACGCGACCCUGCACACCUGCGAGAUCCAGGGCUGGUGCCCGCCCGAGGUGGACACCAUUGACGUCCCCGUCAUGCUGGAAGCUGAGAACUUCACCCUCCUCAUCAAGAACAGCAUCCGCUUCCCGCUCUUUGGCUUCGAGAAGACCAACCUGCCACCCCCUGGCAGUGGGGUGGAGCUGGGCCGGUGUCGCUUCCACCCACAGCUGCAGCCCCUGUGCCCCAUCCUGCGCCUGGGGGACGUGGCACGUCUGGCUGGGCAGGACUUCCCUGCGCUGGCUGCCACCGGGGGGGUGCUGGGGAUCAAGAUCGGGUGGGUGUGUGACCUGGACCGGGCCUGGGAGCGCUGCCUGCCCCGCUACUCCUUCACCCGCCUGGACAGCCUGGCCCGGACCCCUGCCCCCGGAUACAACUUCAGGCACGCCAGGUACUACCGCUGGCCCGACGGCUCCGAGCGCCGCACCCUCAUCAAGGCCUUUGGGAUCCGCUUCGAUGUCCUGGUGUAUGGCAGCGCCGGCAAGUUCGGCAUCGUGCCCACCCUCAUCAACACUGUGGCUGCUUUCACCUCCAUCGGUGUGGGCACGGUGCUGUGCGACAUCAUCCUGCUCAACUUCCUCAAGGGCGCUGAGCACUACAAGGCCCGCAAGUUCGAGGAGGUGUCAGAGGCCGGCGUGCCCGCCACCCCCUCAGCGUGUCCCCCCGGGGCGCUGGGGACCUGCUCCCGGGACAAGCAAUCCACCGACUCGGGCACCUUCUCCCUCGGCCUCUAGCCCGGGGGCCAUGGGGCAGCUCCUGCCGGUCCACCACGCUGUGGGGCAGCCGAGACCCCGUCGGGCUCCUAUUGCCCCCCAGUCCCCAGUGCUCCCCCUGUGAGCCCCAUCAGCAUCUGACUGU